AUGUCUGAAUAGUAAGUAGGUUAAGUAUGAAUUUAUAUAUAAAUUCAAUAGGAAUAAUUGGAUGUAACAGCGAUGAUGGAAGAUUUGUAUGAAAAACUAGUUUUAUUGAAUUAUGAACAAAGUUAUGUAAAACAGAAGUAAGUUUACAAAUUCGAAUAACUAGAGGCGGGAAGCCAUUGAAUAGAGCGUACUUUGUCAAUUAAACUAAUUCAAGUGAGCAAUUCAGUCAAUUUAAAACGUAUAGUAUCUUAAUUUGAUUUAGAUUGGCAAAAUGGUUGUUUACUUAGAAUGAUGUUCAAACAACCGAUUUUAAUAAAUUAGAUGACCCUGUUACAUUAUCAUAGAAUAUAUGUAUAUUAUCUUUAAAUAGCAAUAGUGAAUGAAGUUAAAAAUAUUGGAAUCGACGUCGACUUUCCCCCACUUAAAUUAAAAUAAGGUUUUGGGGAAUAUGUGGUUUAUGUUUUAUAGCAAUUAGCAAGCAAAGCAUUAUAAAAAAAGAAGUUCCAAUUUAAAAAAGUCAAAAUUGAAUAGCAAUCUUAGACGUAAGUGUUUAAUCAUUCUCUAAAAGGAGAUAAGAUGAAGAGCCUGUUUAAGAAACUGGGAGUGUGUCAUCAGACUCUGAUCCAGAAGUAGCAUCAGAUGAAGAGCCAGAAGAUGUGUUUAAUGAAUAGGGAUUUCAAAAGGAGUAAAUAAAAUAUUAAUACGAAGUGAAGAGAGGAUGGUGAUAGAAUCUACCGUCAAUCCAUAGGAAUGGGCAAAGGAAGUUGAGAGAGCUGCAUAAAAGAUUAAGAUAGUAAUCAAACCUAAUGCUGGGGAAUGGAGACAACAUUUUGACGCCACUAAAUAAUAUUCAUCAUAAAUCAGAACAAUUUUGCCAGAAGCUAGGAUUAAAUUGGAAAGAUUGACUGAUGAAUUAUCAGAGAUUUUAGAUAGGAUUAAUAAGAGAGAAUAUAAUAUUAAUGAAAAUAUGCAAGAUAUGGUAUAAUCGAAAUUAAAGAUCUUAGGGAAGUGAAUACAAAAUGAAAAAUGAAGAUGUCAAGAAGAUUGAAUUGUAAUGCAAGAAUUAUACAAAUGCAAUCAAAGAAAUGGGAGAUCAAUAUAAAUAAAUUUCAGAAAAGUAUGAAGCUGUACAAAUCAAAUUAAAUGAACAUGGUAGUAUAUCUACUGAUUAAUCUCCUGUGAUCAGAAUCAAAGCUGCUUUAACCAAAAUUAGAGUACUAUUCUAUUUCAUUCAUUUUAGUUAGAAAUUAAAUAGAUGGAUCUCAGAAUUGGAGUAUUGUCACAUACCAUUUUAUAAAGAACAUAUCAUGACUCAAAAGCUAUGUAAGAAAGAGAUUUUCAUGAAAAUGGACUCAUAUUAAAUGAUUCAGAUGAGUUAACAGAUUGA